UAAUUCGUAUAAUCAAGGGAACGUGUGAUGUUUUUCUAAUUCUUUGCGUGAAAUACAUUAUCACUUGAACUCUUCCUACUUCAGUGUGGGAAAGUCACAUAAAUACGAUGAUCUUGUAAACGUAUAAAUAUCAACUACGAAUGUCAUUAAUUGAUAGUAAAUAAUUAAUUCUGAUUGUCAACAAUUCUUCGUAAAUAACUGGUGAACAUGAAAACUUUAUCUGGGUUGCAUUACAUACUCGAACAAUUAUAAUAUUUAAUUCAUUCGAAAUUACUUACGGAAAACGACGACUAUACAUAUAUUUAUAUAUUACCUAUUAUUAUAGCAAGUCGAGUCGAAUAAAUAAAGCGAAUAUAAGUUGGUUUAAUGGUUCGGUUGGAAAUAUAAUUGUCGAAUCGAGAGACAGUCGUUCUCUUGCAAUUGCGUAGGAUGUUAAUAUGUACGUAGCAACCGGGAUUUUAGUAUGUUUAACUGGUCGAAUGCAAUCGUGUUAUUACGAAUUAUUAUUAGCAGAAUGAAUUGAUACGUGUUUGGAUUUAUUUCAGAGUGAAUUUUCAGGAAAACGGAAUCAGUAUCGGUCGCGCACGAGGGUAUCGGUCCCAUCACUAUCCGAUGCACGAUCAGUUUACGAGAGGGUGGAGGGAAACCGUCGGCCAUUUUGUUCGUGACGCGCAGCGCGGAGGUCGUGGGCUCCACCAGUGACGAAGCCACUGGAGUUUUGACGUGGCUGCUACGUACCUGCCCGUUUGCCCACUCCGAUUGCAGCAAAGUUGGUGACGAGAAAUACGUAACUGGGUUUGAGGUUCCCAGGCUAUGGAAAGUAUGGUCGAGGAAAAUGGAUCAGCUGUUGACCCAUUGUCUACAGGUUCUCAAGGUGGUGAUACAUCGCCAGCAAUAGCUACAUCGGUACAAUCUCUCAAUAGAACACAUCAGCAGCAAACUCAUCAUCUGGUAGCUUCUACCAGCAUUGUGCAACUGACACUACCUUCGUCAGGGACAACACAGGUACAAUCUGUUAUACAACCUAAUCAACAAUCAGUAAUUCAAACUGCGACAAAUAUUCAGCCUGUUGCUAUUUCAAAAGGAAACGUCAUUCUUGUUAGUAAACCCAACUCUGUUAUCCAAACAGCUCAAGCGAGUUUGCAGACGCUUCAGGUGGUCGAGACCGGUAGCGAUGAUAGUUUUUCGGACUCCGAAGAAUCUCCAGAACAAAGAGGAGGUAUUCUUACCAGACGACCGUCUUAUAAAAAAAUCCUCAAUGAGUUGGGUGGUGGUGAAAUUACAGACGGUCGAUUGCCCCCCCUAGAAUCAUCUUCUGAGUGUGAUUCUAACGUGGACAGUGAAGUGUCUUCCCACUCGCUUCAUUAUCAGACAGUAAUUCCUGCUGGAACCAUACAAAUUGCAACUCAAGCGGAGGGUGUUCCAGGGCUCCAUACGCUAACAAUGAGUAAUGCAGCAACAGCAGGCGGCGCUAUAGUACAGUAUGCGCAAGGUCAAGAUACACAGUUUUUUGUCCCAGCUUAUACAGGACACGGUGUUGUAGUAGAAGAUGCGGCUAGAAAAAGAGAAUUAAGGUUGCUUAAAAAUAGAGAAGCGGCGCGCGAGUGUAGAAGGAAAAAGAAGGAAUAUAUAAAGUGUUUAGAAAAUCGUGUUGCAAUAUUGGAAAAUAGAAAUCAGACGUUAAUAGAGGAACUAAAGUCCUUAAAACAGCUAUGCGAGCCGAAAACUGACUGAGGUUUGUGUUUAAUGUUGAGACAUUGUAUCAAAACUAUUAACCAGCUAAAAGAACUUGUACAUGUCUUCUUUGUGUACAUUAUCCUAAACGUUGUUAGGUAAGCAAUGGUGAUGUACAUGCAUUCUUAUAAAUAAGUGUUUCUGUAACAUAUUGUAUUUAAGUGCGAAUUACGAAGGCUUGUGAAACUUGCUAUUACUAAAGCGAGAAGCCAAAGGUAUAUGAAAUACGAAGGCAGCAAACUUAUAGGCAAUAUUCAGGAAGUCAAUCUAUAUUUUGGAUAAAUUUAACAAUCAUAUAAAUUCAUAUUGAUGUUUACAUAUUCAAAAUAUGCGUUGAUAAUGAAAAGUAACAUCAAUGUUUGAAGCACAUUCAUUUAGAUUUACAGCGAACAAUGGGACAUUGAACGGUACCACGGUAUUGUUUUACCUGUACAUGAACAUUGUAUUUGUGUAGUUUCGCUCCACUUUAGAGAACUUUACAUUAGUGAAAAUUCAAGAGUUAUGAAGAAAAAAAAAUGAGAAAAUAUGUUUACCUGUAGUCAAUUUGUAACAGAUAAUUGGUCGGUGUAACAAAAUACUUCAGAGAAACGCCUUAUACAGAAUAUUUGCUAAUGCAAUUUAGAAAGUACUAAGUACAGCCGCGAAUUAAAAUUACAAACUAAUGUAAGAAAAGGCUAUGUUUGUUAGACAACAAUGCCUGUAAAUUCGUUUCCAGCUUCUUGAUUUUUUUGUACUUGACGAAGACAGAACCAUUGUUAAAACGAAUUUAUUACGAGUUUUUAAAAUUAUAAUACACGAUCGAAGAGAUAUAAGGUAAUUGUAAAUAGAUCGGAAUUUUACUGACUUGAUCAUUGCUGCUGUAACAUGUAUGUGUAUAAAGUGUUUCCUCGGUAUAACUUAUACUGUAGUGAGACAUGGUAUAGAAAAAGCACUAGUUGAAAUGCUUUCAUUCGACUUUACUUUCUAUCUUAAGAUGCCUCAAGUGCGAAAAACUGAAGAACAGAAUUUGUAAAAUAUGAAUGUAAUAUAUAUCUGGAGUGCCUUGAAGAUUUCUGUAUACUUAUGGGUAUACAAAUAAUAUAAACAUACACACACACGCACGCACGCGUUACGAACGCGUCAUGCGCGCGCGCGCGUACACACAAAAUGUAUGUAUGGAAAUUACGUUUUAGGUAAAUAUGGGUACAUACAAUAUUUUUAAACUAUGUAUUACGUUAUAAAUUUAUGUCCUGCGUAAAGAUCAUACAGUUGCGUUAAUAUUUGAAUUUUAAUUCUCGUAUUUUCUAAAAUUAAAUAGAUCUUUCGAACUGUCAUUGUUAAUUUACGCAGUGUACUAUAAAUUAUACGAAGAUGUGAUUAAAUGAGUUUUACGUUGAAGUAGAAAAAAAUGAAGAUACUAAAAUCAAACGAAUUAUAUUACAAAUAUUUGACAUCGUUAGAAAAUUGUUGUGUAUCCUACACAUAUUUACCACUAUAGAAAAAGAUUAUUCUCCAAUGCAUUUUUUCAUAUAGAAUGGGAUUCUGUGACCUAAGUUAAAUCUAUUUGAUGUAUAAUUUUGAUUGUUAUAUGUUUAUAAAAAAAUAUACUUUCGUAUAUAAAAAAAUCCAGUUUGAUCAUUCGGUAAAUUUUAAAUAAAUUAUGUUUUUUAAAGUAAACAUUGAUAAACAAAUACAAAUUAUAGACACACGCAGUAAUUUCUACAAAACAAUGUAAUCAAAUUACAUUGCAUAUUAUUUAUACAUAAACGUUUUUUUUUUUUUACAGAAGUAGCGUAUAAUUUUUAUGAAGUAUAUUUUAAAAUGACUGAUCAGGCUGGAAAGACUGCGUACUUGCUGCAUGAUUUUUCGAUUUAUUUUUCUUGAAAUGUUUGAAAGAUAAAAAAUGCAACUAUACAUUUCGACUAUACGUUCUUCUGGUACAUGCUUGAUGUGUAAUUUACAAUUAUACAGUUUUUAUCCGAUUGGGAACUAGAUCAUUUCCGAAUUAUUCUCUAUAAACUGAAAGUACAAUGUACUUAUAGUGACCGUGUUAUAAAAUAAAAACGAUUCACUAUAAGUUCCCUUUUUUAUGAAUUGAAAUUUUAUUUUGGGAGAAUCAUUUCUCUCCACACUUUCAUCUGUUUUAAUGUUAAUCAUAUGUAUCAUAUAUGUAUAUCUUGAUUGCU